CCGGAAGUUGUUGGUAUUUUGCUGCAAAGAAAAUGCCCUAGUUGUGCUGAAUGAAUGGAUGUUCUGAUGCACUGAGGUGCCUUUGCUCACAUCUUUCCAAGAUGACAUGAACCUUUAAGCGUAUAACUCAAGUCUACCAGUCGUAUCUUCCGCGAUUUCCCGCCUUUGCUGGUGGGGGCACCAUGGGAAUGAGGAUGAAGCUGAAGCUGAAGACUGUGUUUGUGCUCUACUUCAUGGUCUCCCUCCUGGGCCUCAUCUAUGCACUGAUGCAGCUCGGGCAGCGCUGCGACUGCACAGAGCAUGACUUGCCUAAAGACCGUACCAUUUCUCGGUUGCGGGGGGAAUUGCACCGUCUUCAGGAGCAGAUGAGGAAGUCGGAGGCAACCAAACAACCCCAGAAACAGUCCGCUAAGCCCUCCCUGCCCACCAUCUUUGUCAUCACCCCGACAUACGCAAGGCUGGUGCAGAAGGCCGAGCUGACUCGUUUGUCCCAGACCUUCCUCCAUGUUCCCCAGCUCCACUGGAUCGUGGUGGAAGACUCACCACACAAGACGCCACUGGUGACUGAUCUCCUGGUGAAGAGUGGCCUGACCUACACACACCUACACAUGCCCACCACCAAGGACCGCAAACUGCAGGAUGGUGACCCCAGCUGGCUGAAGCCCCGUGGAGUCGAGCAGAGGAAUGAGGGCCUACGGUGGCUCAGAGAGGACAGAAGGGCUCAGCCAGGAGGAGACAACCAGCGGGGAGUGGUUUACUUCGCUGACGACGAUAACACGUACAGCCUGCAGAUAUUUGAAGAGAUGAGGAGCACCCAGCGAGUAUCUGUGUGGCCGGUGGGACUGGUUGGAGGGAUGAAAUAUGAGAGGCCCGUGGUUGAAGGAGGAAAGGUGAUUCGCUUCCAUACCGGCUGGCGUCCCAGUCGCCCCUUCCCAAUGGACAUGGCCGGCUUCGCUGUGUCCCUCAAACUGGUCCUGACCAAUCCAGAGGCUUGUUUUGAUGGAGAUGCACCAAUGGGCUUCCUGGAAAGCAGCUUCCUUCAGGGAUUGGUUACCAUGGACGAACUGGAGCCCAAAGCGGACAACUGUUCUAAAGUGUUGGUGUGGCACACACGGACAGAGAAACCGAAGAUGAAGAGGGAGGAGGCUCUGCAGGCUCAGGGACUGGGUUCAGACCCAGCAGUGGAGGUCUGAGGAACACACACACACCAACACACAUUGUAAAGCAUACUCUGCUGUUUAAUGCUGCAUAUAUAACUCUGCGUUGUAAAUACUGUAAACCAUGAAAAAUAUCAGUUAGAGGUGGUGUUAAUUUUACCUGGAUAUGACGGUCUGUUUUUGUUUUGUGUCUGGUAGUAAAUGUGCGUGCGUGUGUGUAAAUAUUGAGUGUGUAUUGUUACAACUGUGCUGACUGUAUGUUCGUGUAUUUAUCAGGGCUUUCUUUGGUUUUGUAGUGAGUUAGUUGUCUUUGUACAGCAGUACAGUUUGCCUGAUGGGGGCGCCAGUUUUAAAUUUUCAAUUUCCUGUACACUUUUGCUUCAAGCUGGAGGAACGAGGCAUCUUAUUACAGACGUCCGUACUUGUAUCAUUUGUAAGGUUUCACAUGUUUACUUGUGCUCAGUGGAAAUCCUGCAGUGUAGUUCAUUCCUCACAGCUGUUAGAUAUUUAGAAACUCACCAGGCCUGGCUCCAGAAUCCUGUCUCUGUUUUCCUCUGCUGUUUGGAUCGGAUUUGAAACCUGCUUCAUCAGUUCAGCCACCAACAUACGAGAUACAGUUGCAACAGAGCAAUUCAUUCAUGCAUGGCUUCUAUAUUUGCGUGUUUGGUGUAUGAAAAGUUUUGUUUUUUGUUUUUUGUUUGUUUUUUUUGUUUUUUCAGGCACAUCUCAAAAAAUGACAAUCAUUAUCAUACGCAUGAAAAUAAUCUUUAUACUACACGUCUAAUCAAAAUGUCCACAAUGGCUAUCACGGUAAUAGUAUUGUGGAUCAGAGGUAUUGCAAAAGUGCAGUUAACAAUAACAAAACUCACCAAUUAAUUGAAUAUAAAUCCAAUAUGCUAAAAUAGUUAUUGGCUUAUAUUUCCUAUGCUGUCGUACUCCUGUGUUACAGACACAACUGGUGCAACUUAGCAACUCUGUGCUACAACAGAGACACUCUGCGCCACACCCAGUGCAGCAUUAAUUUUAAAACUAAAACGCAAAUGCUGGAUUUCAAUAGUGUCAUAGCACAACAAGAAAUAGUUAUAGCCAGCAUUUUAUUUGAAUAUUUUUAGUGAUGCUUUUUAAAAAAAACAAAAAAAAACAAGGCAUGUGGUUUCCAUCUACAAGCCCUGAAUAAGGCAACAAGCUCAUGGAUUUCUUUUGCAAACACAAAACACGCCAUCCUUGUAACAUUCCCACAUUAGGGCAGGAAGUCCCUGGUACUUUACAGUAGCAGUAUUUCAAGAGUGUAGUGCUCCUCAGCUACUGUUGUAUGAUACUGUAAAAACAGCUAGUGCCUGCGUACAUGUAAUUAGUGCCUAUUAGUCAAUUCUCUACUGGUGUAUAAUGUAUUUAUUACUGUAAUAUUAACAUUGUACAAUGUGAUAAUGUCUGUCUUUGAAAAUAAACCUGGAUAAUGUAAAACAUA